ACAGCCAAACAGUCCAGCGGAGAAGAGGUGCGGCGGAGAAAACGCGGACUUUCAUACCUGACAUCCGAGUUUGCCCUGCGAAGAGAGCCAGUGAGGACCAAACUUCCCAACUGCAUUUGGACAAUGUCCCCCCAGCAGACCGCUCUACUGGAUCAACCCCCUUUAACAGCAAAGAGGGGCCCCCGAGAGUUUGCAGGAGCAGGUUUGAACUGUGGCUUUCAGUGACCCUAGAGAGCUCUUGUCAUCUGAGAACUCAGCCCUGGGGCAAUCACGGUCCGGAGUCUUCUAAGCGCCGCGUCAUGCCUAUGAAUGUAGCAACCCAACAUGUUUCAUCUCAGGGAAGCAGCCCCCUAGCCCUGCCAGGGAUGAGGAAGAAGUUUGUCUAACGCUGGCUCUGCAGCCCAUGCUCUUGCUAGUGCUUUCUGUGUGUGACUUGUUUAAAGUCCCUGCAACUGCAAAAUCCCCUUUUUCCCGGGGCUAAAUCCCCCUGCUCAUUUCCCUCCUCCAGUCUCCGUGCUGCAGAGGGCAGGCGCUUGCUGCUGUUGCCCGUGGAGUUGUGCAGGGAGCGGUGCGGAGGAAAUAGGGGGGAGGGAACCGUGCUGCGCGCACACACACACACAAACUCCUGCAGUUUACCCACGCUUUUUCCGGCUAAAACGUGCAUUAAUCUCACUCCGAGCAGCUCCUGGACUGGUUGCUGCUCCAGGGACGUGUCCCACUAUGUCCUGAGAUUGGACUCGAUCGUUGUGUUUAGUUUUGGUUUUUGCACAGGGGCACUUCUAGGAGCUGAUGAGCAUUUGUAGUUCGCUUCCUCCUGCGCGUGCUAUGAUCAAAUCUGUAAUUUCAGAGGUUAUUUUCGGCAACCAGCUUUGCACGGUGGAAGAUCUGCUGGGAAGGAGCCUCUGAAAAGCAGCCGCGAGUGAGGAUGGCACAGAGGGGCAGCUGUCAAGCCGGGAUGCCACUUUUCCUGUCCUUGGUAUGAGGCAGGGAACGGGGCGCAGCCGAGGAGACCGGGAGGGCUGACCCUACUCCCCAUCUCGCCCUGCCUGCAUGUCUCUCGGCGGCUGUAAAGAUUGUGGGGGCUGCUGCUGAGCAACAACGCUGCUUCAAACUGAGCCUCAACUUAACACAGCAGGGAUGGUAACGCUACAGCAGCCUCCUCGGCGCUUCCAGGACAGCAGGAGAACCAGGGUUUUGCUUGCCACUGUCUAAUGCCUGGGACUAAAAUGGAAUUUCUCACCUGGAUUUUACCGUCCUUGGUUCUGCUGUGCACCCAGCAGCACAGGUGUAUCAGAGCAAUGAAUGACAUUGGAGAUUACACAGGCUCCAACAUAGAAAUAUCCUGGUUACCUAAUCUGGAUGAUUUAAUGAAAGGAUAUGCACGGAAUUUCAGGCCUGGAAUUGGAGGCCCUCCUGUUAAUGUUGCCCUAGCGAUUGAAGUAACUAGCAUUGACCACAUCUCAGAAGUUAACAUGGAAUACACCAUGACAGUAUUUUUGCAUCAGAGCUGGCGAGACGACCGGCUGUCUUACAACCACACCAACGAAACUCUGGGCUUGGACAGUCGGUUUGUGGACAAGCUCUGGAUACCAGAUACGUUCAUAGUAAAUGCCAAGUCUGCCUGGUUCCAUGAUGUGACUGUAGAAAACAAGCUUAUCAGGCUACAGCCUAAUGGAGUCAUUUUGUAUAGUAUCAGGGUUACCUCAACUGUGGCCUGUGACAUGGACCUUACCAAGUAUCCCAUGGAUGAACAAGAGUGCAUGCUGGAUUUGGAGAGCUAUGGCUACGCUUCAGAGGAUAUCGUGUACCACUGGUCAGAAAACCAGGAGGAGAUCCAUGGGCUGGAUAAACUGCAGCUUGCUCAGUUCACAAUCACUAAUUACCGUUUCACAAGAGAAAUGAUGAACUUCAAAUCCGCGGGUCAGUUUCCCAGGCUCAGUCUCCACUUCCACCUGCGGCGGAAUCGAGGUGUUUACAUCAUUCAGUCUUAUGUGCCUUCCAUCUUACUGGUGGCCAUGUCAUGGGUUUCCUUCUGGAUCAGCCAAUCAGCUGUGCCUGCUAGGGUGUCACUAGGUAUAACUACAGUUCUUACUAUGACCACUUUGAUGGUCAGUGCCCGAUCUUCACUCCCACGAGCCUCUGCCAUAAAGGCGCUAGAUGUUUACUUCUGGAUUUGCUAUGUGUUUGUCUUUGCUGCUCUGGUGGAAUAUGCAUUUGCACAUUUCAAUGCGGACUACAUGAAAAAGCAAAAAGACAAGAUGAAGGCAAGCAGACAGAGUGGAGAGAUCAAUGUGAAGAAUGCCAUUGUUUUGUUUUCCCUUUCCGCUGCGGGUGUGAACCAGGAACUGGCCAUUUCCAACCGGCAGCACCGAGCUCCCAAAACCCUACCCGGAUCAUAUGGCUCUGUUGAAGUCGAAACUGGAGAGAUGAAGAAACAGCAAGAAACUAAACUGGAGAAAAAGAGUGGCUUAAAGUCCCUCUUCAAGCCCAUUGAUGCUGACACCAUUGAUAUUUACGCCAGGGCAGUGUUCCCAGCAGCUUUUGCAGCAGUCAAUGUUAUCUACUGGGUUGCUUACACAAUGUAAGAACAAAAAUGUGCUCCCAAGUGGUAAACUGUGGGCCAGAAUUAUGCUCAGACAGUACAGAGUAACUGAAGAAACUGUGUUGGUCCAUUUCUUGUCAAAGUGCUUUCCAAUGCUCUGAAGAUAUUUCUCAAAUGCAGCAGAGUAUCAUUUUUGUUUGGCUCCUACAAUCAACUCCAGCUACAACUGGGAGGGGGGAAAAUUGGCCAUUACCAAUUUGGUUUAAUAUAUUUGUUAUUACUAAACUCUGCCAAACAAUCCAAGGAUCCUUUGUUCAUCUCUUCUCAUCUUGAAACAAUUUGUCACAUGUACAUAUCUUCAGUGAAGGUGCCACCACCAAAUCCUAAAGCACAGUUGGUUAUUUUCCCUUUUCAAAGGUCAGCAGAUAACAAGGCUCUGAUUAUUCCCAUACUCUUACCAUGUCCUUUCUUACAGCACAGCUGACCUCAUGUUUUACAUGGGAGUGGCUUUUCUGUGUCAUGCCAUUUGUGGGACAGUUCAAGUUUAACGGGGAUAGGAAAAUGGCAGUGAUCUCUACAUGUGAAGACCACGAGAUUGAAGUAUCGGGAGAAGAGCAAGGCAGAGGGUUUUUCUUUAAUUAUUAUUUGUCUUAGAUAAAGUAUUUAGAACACUUUUGAUUUUCUUCUUUAG